ACCUAAGCGGCUGAAAACGUGACCCCGUUCUUCUACGCACCAACUCUACGCAGGUUAUAGACCGCACAGUGCACUUGAUAGAAGAAAGGAGACAAGUGUGUGUUAAUUUUGGUAGAUUUUGUAGAGUUUAUUUCAGAAUCAAAAUGGGAACCAGAUUAUAUAUUGGCAGACUAUCUAACCACGCUCGUGAAAAGGAUGUUGAGCGUUUCUUCAGAAACUAUGGCAGAAUCCGAGAUGUUAUGUUGAAAAAUGGCUAUGGCUUCGUGGAAUUUGAAGACUACAGAGAUGCUGAUGAUGCUGUGUAUGAAUUGAAUGGCAAAGAAUUAUGUGGUGAAAGGUGUAUUGUUGAGCAUGCUAGAGGACCAAGAGGGGAUUCCUUCAGAGAUCGUGAUCGUGGGUACCCCCCUCGUCGUAGGGGUGGUGGUGGAGGUGGCAGAGACAGUCGCUAUGGGCCGCCUACACAUACAGAGUACAGGUUGAUCAUUGAGAAUCUUUCAUCAAGGGUUAGCUGGCAGGACCUAAAGGACUACAUGCGUCAGGCGGGUGAAGUUACAUUUGCAGAUGCACACAAGAAGCACAAGAAUGAAGGAAUAGUGGAGUUUGCUACAUACUCAGACAUGAAGAAUGCCAUGGAGAAGCUAGACAACACUGAAAUCAAUGGAAGGAAAAUCCGUGUAGUAGAAGACAAGCCAAAGAGGCGUGGCCGUUCAUACUCCAAGAGUCGUAGCAGGAGCCGAAGCCGUUCCCGAUCCAGAUCCCGAAGAAGCCGAUCAAGGAGUCGCUCCAGGAGCCGAAGUCGCAGUCGCAGCAGGAGUGCUAGUCGCAGCAGAUCAAGGAGUAGGAGUGAAUCCCGUUCCAAGAAGAUGGACAAAGAUAAUCGUGAUUCUGCCAGCCCAUGCAAGGGCAGGUCUAGGUCCAGAUCCCGUUCCAGAUCCAAGUCUCCUGACAAGAGGGAUGCAUCACCAACCAGCAAUGGGGAUGACCGAAAGGAUGAUGACAAGGAUGACUGAUCUACAUUGAGAACUUAAAUCUGCUAGUAUGAACUGUGAUCACCAUAGCGUGCAUGGAUUGUAAAUAAUCACAGAAUUGUAUUUGACAAUUGUGCUGAUGGCUGUGCGUAUAUUCAAGAUCUAACAUUUUUUACCAGACAGAUCCAGGUGAUAUCACUUGUUUGACAUGCAUUCAUAAUGAGCAGUUUUAAUUUGUCGUGUAAAUGUAAAAUGAACUGGUAUCAUGUAAAUAUUGUGUUGUCCUUCCCAAAGUGUACAUGAACACCAAAUGAAUAAUCGCAUUUUGCGAAUGAAUUUUUAUCCCCUUUCUUCAAUUCACAUGGGACAGCUCAGUUGGGUAAUUUUUUAAAAAUAGUAUUUUAUUAUCUAAUAAAGAACCACACUUCAUAUUUGACCCAAUACAUUUCUUCCUGACAAACAAUUGUGCCAUUGCAUGCCAUGGUUCAGUGUACUUGAGAUAUGGGAUGGAAAUCUUCCCGAAGUUCUUGAUGCACAAGAGGGUGAAGGGCAGUGCUACAGAUAUGAUUGAGUUCACCUUUAAAUUGUCCAAGACAUCAGUUUAUUAUAUGAAAUAUUGUGUAAUUAUUGUGAAUUGUUUUAACAUGUCUCUUUCAGUCAUGCAUUUCAUCAUUUCACUUUUAUGUCAUCCAUUUUGUUGAAUUAUUUUAUGUGUAGAUAUUAAACUAUGAUCUUGGAAAUAA